CUGAGUUGAUUCAGUCAUUCAUCAUCCUCACUCAAAUUCUUGUUUCUUUCUUCUUCUCUUUUCAUCUCCUAACCCUAACUUUCCACAUUUCUUCCUUCUUUUUCAAGCAUCGCACCACAUUCUUCCGUUUCAGAUUUCUCGAUAUGGUGGCUCUAUCGCCGCAUUCGCCCCAAACUUACGUUUCUACGCCUACAAACGGAGCAGAAUGUGUCGAAAUUCAAGCGGGGAAUGGCGCAUCGCCCAAGGACAACGUCGCCGGGAAACGGAGGGUCAGUGCGAGAUUACAAGCAGCGGCCAAACGAAAAGCUGAGAAGAUGGAACUUUUGUCUAAGCGAAAAUUGGAGCUUGUGGAUGAAGAUGGUGAAAGAAGCUCAAAAAAACUGAUUGUGGAUACUAACAAGUUAAAGCAAAAAUUAAAACCGCAACAUGCUCGAACCGGGAUACAACUUCUUAUUGAGAUACCUUUUAACCCUGCUGAACCUAAGAUCAGCAAGAAAGUGGCCAAAAUGGUGGAACGAGCCUCUAAAAUUUCAGAGGGAUUAGAUGGUAUAAAUACUCUCAAUGUUGUCGAGAAAAGUUCCCAUAUUAAAGUCAAGGAGACUGUAAGGUUGUUCAACAAGUAUUAUCUUCACUUUGUUCAGGAAGAGGAAAAGAGAUGUGGUGUUGUUAAAGUUGCCAAUAAAGCCGGCAAAAAAGCCGCUAGGGCCAAUAAAGCCGCUAAGGAAAAUGUAACUGAUGCUGACAGUAAGGGAAAAGCUAAGCGACCUGACUUAAAGGCAAUGACAAAGAUGAUGGAGAGAAAGGCAGUGCUUUAUCCACAGAAAAGGAUAGGCAACAUUCCAGGCAUUGAUGUUGGUCAUCAGUUUUAUUCACGUGCUGAAAUGGUUGCAGUUGGUUUUCAUAGCCACUGGUUGAAUGGUAUUGAUUUUAUGGGACAGUCCUACCGGAAAGGGGAGUAUAAACACUAUAAGUUCCCACUUGCAGUAGCUAUAGUUUUGUCUGGCAUGUAUGAGGAUGAUUUAGAUAAUGCUGAAGAUGUUGUCUACACUGGACAAGGAGGACAUGACCUAACUGGUAGUAAUAAACGACAAAUUCGAGAUCAAGUUUUGACACGUGGUAAUCUAGCACUAAAGAACUGUCAUGACCUUGGGGUGACUGUCAGAGUAGUUCGAGGUCAUGAAUGUACUAGCAGUUACUCUGGGAAAGUUUAUACGUAUGAUGGAUUGUACAAGGUUGAGAAGUACUGGGCAGAAAAGGGUCUGUCUGGGUUCACUGUUUUCAAAUAUCGACUGAGGCGGCUUGAGGGGCAACCAACAUUAACAACUAGCCAGGUUCAAUUUGCCCAUGGCCGUGUUCCCCAGUGUACUUCUGAAAUUCGCGGGUUGGUGUGUGAGGACAUAAGUGGUGGUCAAGAGAAUGUUCCUAUUCCAGCUACUAAUUUGGUUGAUGAUCCACCUGUUGCACCUACAGGUUAUGAGUACUGCAAGUCAAUGAAAGUUGCACGAAAUAUAAAACUUCCUGCUAAUGCCGUUGGAUGUGAUUGUGAGGGGCUUUGUUGGAAUCCCAAAACUUGUUCAUGUUCCAGGCUUAAUGGUUCUGAUUUUCCGUAUGUACACCGUGAUGAUGGCAGGUUAGUUGAAGCCAAACAUGUUGUUUUUGAAUGUGGUCCAAAUUGUGGCUGUAGUCCAGAGUGUGUAAAUCGUACAUCUCAGAGAGGAUUGAACUAUCGACUCGAGGUCUUCCGUACUCCUAAGAAAGGAUGGGCUGUUAGAUCUUGGGAUUUUAUACCUGCUGGUGCCCCCGUUUGUGAAUAUAUUGGACUGCUUACGAGGACAGAAGAUCUGGAUAGUGUGUCUGAGAAUAACUACAUUUUUGACAUUGAUUGCUUGCAAACUAUGAGAGGACUCGGUGGUAGAGCGAGUCGGCAACAGGAUGCGUCUGUAUCAAUGAUCCAGAACAUUGACAAAAAUGAACAGAGAUCAGAAAGUGUCCCAGAGUUCUGUAUUGAUGCUGCUUCUGUUGGAAAUGUUGCAAGGUUUAUCAAUCAUAGUUGUGAGCCUAACCUCUUUAUCCAGUGUGUCCUGAGUGCACAUCAGGAUAUCAAACUAGCUCGAGUAGUGCUCUUUGCUGCAGACAACAUUCCUCCUUUGCAGGAGCUUACGUAUGACUAUGGAUAUGCCCUUGAUAGUGUUCAUGGUCCUGAUGGGAAGGUAAAAAUGAUGCCUUGCUUCUGUGGAGCAGAAGAUUGCAGAAAACGCUUAUUCUAGGUCCUGAAGUUACUGUUGUUUGUAUCUGCACUGAUACAUUUGUGUUACUAACAUGUCAAUAUAUAGUUUUCCUUGGGUGCUUUUCAUGUUGA